AUGACUGUGGCCAAUUAUAAGGCCGGACCGAACCAAAUGGCCGUCGAGUCGGAAAUCUUUAAGCUGGACAUCGACCGCAAGAAGUGGCGCUCAUUUCAACGCAUCCAGACGUUCGGCGCCGUCGACUGGGAGUUCUUCGCGAUCGGCGACGACCGGAACAAAGAGUACUUUCUGGUUGUGGCCAACAGUUUUGGCAUAAAGAACGGCCAAAUCGAUCACAGGGGCAAUUCAUGGAUCUAUAAAUUUUCUGACGAUCGGUUCGUGCCGUUCCAGUCGUUGGCCACAAACGGCGCGACACAACUCGACUCGUAUAUCGGCUCUAAGGGUGAAUUUGUCUUAGCGGUGGCCGACAACGAUCCCCAACAAGCCGUCCAUUUCUAUCAAUAUAACGGCUGGCGUUUUGUCUUCGCUUCUUUUCAACACAAGAUCCCUGUGUGGGGUCCAGGAGUGGCGUCCCUUCACUUUUCAUACCUCCCUAUCCACCGGUCAGUUAUACUUGUCGUCAGUAAUCCUAAUCAGCCGACUGGACGCGUGUUUGGACUGGACUUUAUUUUCGAGAAUCCUUUGGACGACUGGCACAAGAAGAGUCUGGUCUGGUGUGCGGCCACCGAUCGGGACGUGAAUCACAAUACGAUUCCUCCGCUUAAAGACGUUUUCUUUGUCGACCAAUCGGAGCCCAUUGUCCUUAACGGUGACUUUAUUUUAUCCGAUCUUGUGGUGGACUCGCUGUCGACACCUCUUCUCGUCGACGGUUCCACUGGCGAUGAAUUGAGUCACAAACUGAUCGAGAAUUUGAUUCAAUUGGAUCACGAAAUACACGCCGUGGAGGCAAAGAUGGGUCAAAUUGUGGACAUAUUAUCCAACGCUUUGAGGACUCGCGGCAAUCAAGAAAUAACUGCUCCUCAUGUCUAUAAAUCAGUUGAUUUUGACUGCAGUCCAGGCAUGGAGUGUCUCGUCGGACACAUUCAGACCAAUGUCCUCAAUAAGGAUAACAGAUCAGACUAUAGACCAAUCGAUGCAUUUAGUCCAGGCAUGGAGUGUCUCGUCGGACACAUUCAGACCAAUGUCCUCAAUAAGGAUAACGUUAAUGGUUUGGCCAAUGAUAUCGUUCCUCUCAAUAGAGAUCAGACUAUAGACCAAUCGAUGCAUUUCGAGAACUUGAUCGCCGACAAGAAUAUUAUGCUCAACGGUUUACUCAACGGUAUAAAUACGGACCAAAUUGUCACCAAAAGUGGAAAUCACAUGAUUGUGGCGCCGAAGACAUUUGCCAACAAUGUGUCCGCCAAUGAAGUGGUUGUAAAUAAUAUGAUUAAUCGCGAGAUAAUAAAUCCGUCCACUGUUUUGCUCACAACUGGUGACCAAAUUAUUAACAAUACCAUAGAUUUCAAAAAAGGUAUUGAUGUGAAUAAUAUCCGAACCAAUGGUCCCGUGAGUGGCGUUAAUAUCGAUAAGUUCUUUGCGGAAGUGGUCACCAAAGAUGGCGAUCAUAUCAUUAGAGGCGAAAAGGGCUUUAAAAACAUAGAACUGAACGAACUAUUGAUGGCAAUCGGUUCCACUAUCGAUGGCGUGGAUAUAAUGCAAGUGUGGAGAGACGUGUUGUGGACUUAUGGCGAUCAAGUGAUCGAAUCGGCCGUCAAUUUCACCGAAUUGGUGGUCGACGGGAAUCUAUUGGUGAACGGACUCGUAAACGGUGUUAAACUUCCCAAUGAUAUCAUUCGAGUCAAUGAAAACGCUGUCAUUUCGGCCUUUAAAGAAUUCCUGCCGACCAUAAAGUUUGACCGAAUGGAAGUGUUGAAUGCUAUCAAUGGUAUCGGUUUAGUCGGCGGCAAAUUGGAUAUAAUGUCUAAAUCGGCCGAUCAAGUGGUUCCCGGACGUAAGACAUUUACCAAAAUGCAUUUGAGUGGACACAGUCCGGUCGCAGGGACUGUGGAUGGCGUGGAUUUAUCUCAUCUGAAACAAAGUCUGCUCAUCAGUAAAGCUGCACAACAUUUCGAUGUAUUGGAAAUCACGAGAAACGCCUUCUUUGACGCGGGACUCACUCUCAAGACCGGAAUAAAUGGAUUAAAAAUUGAAGAUUUUUAUAAUAAUGCUCUCAAAUUGACAGACAGUCGUAUCUCUGGGUUUCAACACUUUGUGAUGAAUAACGUGGCCAUCAAAUUGCUUGAAUGCCUAUCAAUUAAUAACUUGAAUAUCGGUUUGGAUCUCAUGACCAAAAACACUGAUCAACCGAUUUCUGGUGGAUUAACAUUUGAAAACGGAAUUACAGCUGAAAAUAACCUAACAAUUGCUUAUAUAAAUGGUGUAAAUUUUAAUUUCGUAAACGACACGGUUUUGUACGGUUUGGCUAAUUAUAUUACCGGAGAGAAAACAUUUAUCGGCGAUCUAUGGGUUAAGAAUCUGCGAGUGAACACAAUUAACAACAUUUCAAUGGCAGACAUUGUUUUAGUGAAUCGGGACGAAGUGAUUACAGCUCCCAAACAAUUAGAAAACGUUAUCAUUUACGGCGAUCUCAAUGCCCAUAGUUUUGAUUCCCAUAUUAUAAAUGGAGUUCAUAUGAAGAAUUUUUACGUAAAUAGUCUUCAGUACACAAAACCGCAAACACUUACCGGUCGACCAAAUUUCGACACUAUUAUCGUUCCGAAGGCAACUAAUUUAGGGACCAAUUCUGUGAAUGGAGUCAAUUUAAAUCAUUUGAUGGCAGACGCCGUCCUCACAAAUGUGCCGCAAGUAAUUCCCGGUCCGAAGACAUUUAUCUCUCCCGUAACCAUCGGUUCUGUCAUUUUUAAACAUACCAUCGAUGGAGUGACUGAUUAUCUAAUGAGAAACGGAUGGCUUUUGCAAGACGUGAAGCAAAUAAUUAAUUCGGAUGUUAUUUUUGAACACAUGGUUCGCGUAAACGACGGCAUAUUAAUGGCUAAACCAGUGAUAAAUAAUAUCGAGUUAAAUAUUCUCAACGAUAAUACGGUUAAAGUGGACGAACCGGCGGUUAUAGGAGGUGUGACCCGAUUUACAACAAACGUUGACUCGGAAGGUCACAUCCGACUAAAUGGUAGAUUUCAAGGCAUUAAACUGAGCGAAGAGGCCGUGCGUCUGAACGGAGACAAUACAUUCAAAGGCCAAAUCCAUUUCACCCGAGGAUUUGCAACUCAACAACACUUGCAAACGACUGGAACUGUUGAUGGCGUGAAAGUCGAAGAGUUGUGUCAGUUUACUGUUCGCCACAAUCAGGAUCUGGUCAUAUCGGGUCCGACACAAGUGACUGGAAAUCUCGUAAUUAAGGGUCCGCUUAAUGUGAACAUUGGUGUCAACGGAAUGAAUAUCCAAGACUUCUUCAGAAACACUCUUAAAGUGGACAAACCGUUAGUCUUUAGAGGUGUUAAGAAGUUUAAGGUAUUGAUAAUCGAGGGACCACUCGAUGCCAGACAAUUGGUCGCCGGGUUUAGGAUAGAAGAGUUGGCCAACAAUUACAUGAGUCUCAGUCGCGACCAAACGGUUAACUCAAAAAUAAUUUUUCUCAAUGAUUUAACUUUCAACAAAAAUCUUCACAUCAAUGGAAAUCUCUUCACAACAAAUGCCACAAUCAAUGGAAUAAAUAUUCAUCGUUUGGAUUCAACAGUUCUGAAGACAUUCGGCCAUCAAUUGAUUACCGGUGACAUCACUUUUGGUAAUAACGUACACUUUGACAAAGACUUGAAUAUUCAAAACCGACGAAUCAAUGGUUUGCAUCUCGUGGACGACUUAAUGCUCAAAGGAAGAGAUAAUGUGGUGACAGUUCCCAAGAUCUUUGCUCAAGACAUUGUGGUUACGAAUGAUCUAAUAAUUAGCGAUAAUAAGACCGUCGGAGGCGUCGAUCUUUCAGAAAUGGCGAAACACUCUGUGUUAAGAAAUAAUGGCAAAUACACAAUAUAUGGUCAAAAACACUUCCAUCGACUAGAAGUGGAUCACUUGAAAGUCCGACUCAUGAAUGACAUGGAAAUAUCUGACAGAACUCUUCUCUUGACUUUUGGGAAUCAAACAAUAUUUGGCGCAAAAGUAUUAAACGGCGAUUUAAUAGUCAAUUCUGCGAUCAAUGCAAACACCGUUAAUAACAUAAAUAUACCAAAACUGGCCAAUAGUCUGGUCCUUAAGGGAUACAAUGUUACGAUAACAGCGCCGAAGACAUUCAAUUCGUCGCUUUCUGUGCAGAAUGUGGAGGCGUUCGGGAGAGUGGAUGGCGUGGAUCUGAAUGAACUCAAUUACUUCAUACGCCUUCCCAUCGAUUUACAGGACCUAAGAGUACGGCUCGGCGUUGAGGACAAGAAGAUUGAAAGACUUCGGACGGCAUUAAGCAAACAGUCGUACGAAUUGGACUUUUAUGAGUUGCACACAACUAUGCCUUCCGGUCCGCCGCUACUCUCCUAUCACAACACAGACACCGAUUCCCAACACCUCUUCAUUACUGGUCAGCGCUUGAGUAACGGUUGCCGAGAGGUUGACGUCUACGCCAACUCUCGCAAUGGAUUUGAAUUGCUGUCAAAGUUGUACACAAUUGACGCUAAUUUGAUGACUACUUUCACAUCUAAUGGACACCAGUUUGUUGUCGUCACAAACGCUAAUAACGGUCCUCAAGCGGAACAGUGUCUCAAAAUGAAUACGUUUACAAAGUUAUCACAUUCUGGAAGCGGUCCGCAAAUCACUCAAGUGUUUGUCUUCGACGGCCAACAAAACAAAUACAAUGAAAUAGCAGUUAUUCACACCCAUAGUGUCACCGAUAUUGAUGUGAUCGAAGAUAAUACUCUUAAUCCGUGUCUAUUAAUGGCUAUUCCUGUUGUAAAUCGAGUGAAGGGUCAGUCAAUUGUCGUCUGUCUUAACGCUAACGGAAACUUCUAUUUGAGAGAAACGGUUCCACUCUUAGGAAGACAUCGGUUUACGAUAACCCGAAGCAAUAAAUUCAACCGAACAUUAAUGGCAUCAAUAAAGCGGUGGUCACCCAAAGAGUGGAAGUUCUCCGACAUAAUGAUCAGCGAGUGGUCGACACAUCUCUUGCAUUUCGAUCACUCCGUACAGAGGAUUGAAUUCCUGAACCCAAUUGCCAUUCAUUUGGUGGACAUUCCCUCAGAUUCUGCCACUUUCCUCAUCGCAGCCGAAAAGAAGACAUCACUCACUCAUAAGCCGUUGGUUCGCAUCUUUAGGUACAAUCAUAAACGCGUGGAUCCGUUCACAGAAGUGCAACAAAUCAAACGCCUGGAAGUGACACAAAUCGAGUCCGUAUUCUUAGACCACCGAAGAGUUCUGGUCUUAAUGCUAUCAAAAGAUAUAUUAUUCGUAUACCAAUUGAAAGGCGCGUCUGGUUUCCAACGCGUGUAUCAAAUGGAUGUCCAAAACGCCAGAAGUUUUAUUGUAACCAAUAAUGUAAAGAACGGUCGAAUUGUUGGCAGUUUGGUCUCUAUUGAUAUCUAUGAUUGCAAUGUAAACGAUGCCAAUUGUCAUCAAACUGUUGUUCUGGACAGUCGUCUCAUUGGCCUUUAA